CCCUGACUACCCACAUACUCAAAUGCAUCCGACAUCGUAGAUCUAUUCAUCUAUUCUACACCGUUCGCAUGUUUUAUUGUGCCGUGUAUUUCCAGAACCAAUCUAGCCGCCAUGGCCAGUAAAGAUUAUUCGUUAUCAGGGGAUGAUUUAAGCCGAUACGCCGGGACCACCACACAACUCCCCAAAAUAGAAGUGGAUGAUGGACUUCACCACGCAGGCCCGCCACCACCCCCGGGCGCUGGCGAAGGUUUUCGACGAAAUCAUGCGCCCAUCGUCCGCGCCUGGUACGACCCUCGUGGGUGGUCAUCGCGCAAGAGAUUGAUCGUUGCGGCGGGCAUCCUCAUUAUCGUCAUUGUCGCCGUGGUGGUGGGCGCCGUCGAGGGGACCAAGAAACCCAGUUAUCCUGACUAUUCUCGCCUAAACUACGAAUUGGCAGACACGUAUUCGGGGACCUCGUUCUUCGAUCGCUUCGACUACUAUUCGGGCCAGGAUCCCACCGAUGGCUUUGUCCAAUACGUCAACCGGUCCACGGCGCAAUCACUCAACCUGACCUACGCCACAGAGUCGUCGGUCGUGCUCCGAGUCGACACUUCCGACCGCAACGCGACACACGGCCGCCGCUCCGUGCGCCUCGAGUCCACCACCAGCUACGACACGGGGCUCUUCCUCUUCGACAUCCUGCACACGCCGUACGGCUGCGGGCUGUGGCCUGCGCUGUGGCUGACAGACACGUACAACUGGCCGGUCAACGGAGAGAUCGAUGUGGUCGAGACCAACAACCUGGCCACCGAGGGCAACGCCGUCACGCUGCACACGACGGGCGGCUGCAAGAUGAACGUCCAGCGCAAGGAGACGGGCACCCCGAACUUUCUAACCUGCGAUAACAGCACGCACAGCAACGCCGGCUGCGGCGUACAGGGUCCGCCCAGCACCUACGGGCAGGAGUUGAACGAGAACGGCGGAGGGGUAUACGCCCUGGAACUGCGCGACGCAGGCAUCCGGACAUGGUUCUUCGCCCGCGACGCUCUCCCCGACGACCUCUCCAACGCGAGCGCCACCCCCGACCCCUCGGCCUGGGGCACCCCGCUGGCCGACUUUCCCAGCACGCACUGCGACAUCGCUGCUCACUUCAAGAACCAAAGCAUCAUCGCCAACAUCGACCUGUGCGGCGAGCUGGGCGCUCAGAAGCAGUUCUACACCGACCUCUACCGCUGUCCCGGCACUUGCUCCAGCUUCGUGCGCUUCAACCCCGCCAAUUUCACCCAGGCCUACUGGGAGUUUGCGAGCUUCAAGGUUUUUCGGGCUUCUUGAGGGGCGUGGAGUAUAUAUACACAGUUUAGAAUAAGGAUCUCUGAUUAGCGGGUUAGGGUUUUAUUCCUUUUGGCAUUCGCUCUUUUGCUUACCAGAUAGUGCGCCACGGGGCUUGGCUGUUACGCCAUUCGUGUUCGUUUAAACUCAUGUAUUCCAGCGUUCGGCCGUUCUAGAAGACUACUAGAUAGAGCUACGAUACGCAUCCUCGAUAGUCACGUGAUAAUAUUAGAAGGGCG